CAGACUCCAACCUAACCUCAAUUAUUUUCAAACAUUUGGGCGAAACUCAAUUUAUAUAAACAAAAAAAAAUCGAUCUUAUAAAAUUGAAUCCGAUUCAAAUCAACGAAUUCGGAUAUAUUUAUUAUUCCUACUGUUUACAAUCUCUGUUUCUCUUUCUAUAUUUUCAUAUCUCUCUGUCAAGUAAUUGUCGUUAAGCCCGCAAAACCAAAACUCUGAAAGAGGGCACCGGGGCCACUAGCUUUCUCUGGUUCCCGCUUUCUCACUACUAUUAUAGCCACAAUCCCUCCAAAAUCACUCACCUCUUAUCUAUAUAUCUCCGCUCUUCUUCCUCUCUCCUUUCAUCCCACACCACCACGAAAAGAAAUAAGGAAACAGGUUGAAGGGGUUUUUCUUUUCUUCUUUGUGCACACCAGGUGUUUGAUAAAAGUUUUAUAUUGUUUUCUUGAAGCUGGAGAGAUUUGGUAUUUGGUUAGAUUAGUUUAAAGGGAUUUUGAAUUGUGGGUUUUUGUUUGUGGGGGUAACACCCAGAGUUAGACAAAUCGUGGACAUCACGGCUAUAUACAAAGCUUUUCGGCCUAUUCAUGUCCGAAUUGUACGACGAACGGGUUGUGUGAUCGAGAGCAACCCUUCGCCGCACGGCGGACGUGGAGCUUUGCCUUCUGAAGGCGGUAGUCCUUCCGAUCUCCUCUUCCUUGCUGGUGGUGGUGUUGCCUUUUAGAGUUUCAGUAGUAUAAAUAGACAGCUUUUAGUCUUUAAAAAUUACCAUUGAACAAGUUUCUUUUAAAAAGGCUGUUGUUUUUCAUCUUCUACGUUGUUGUUCUUUGUGGGUUAUCUCUAUUUGAUUUUUAUUGGAUAAAGAAAGAAGAGAAGUAGUAGCAAGAUGAUGCUCAGGAUUAAGAGGGUUCCCACUGUUGUUUCGAAUUACCAAAAGGAUGAGGCGGAACAGAGUGCUUGCCGUAGCGGUGGGUGCGGAAAGAAUUGCCUUAGAAGCUGUUGCAUUUCAGGGUUUUGGUUUAUAGGGGCAAAGCUUCCUUUAUAUGCUUUCAAGAAGCUGAACAAUAUUGAGAGUGAAAAAGACGUGCUUGGAAUUGAGAACAGAGAGCCUCCCGUUUCUUUUCUUGACUCACUCAUUCUUGGGGAGUGGGAGGAUCGCUUGCAAAGAGGGCUCUUUCGAUAUGAUGUCACUGCCUGUGAAACCAAGGUGAUUCCUGGUGAAUAUGGUUUUAUUGCCCAGCUGAAUGAGGGCCGCCACCUUAAGAAGAGGCCAACUGAGUUCCGUGUUGAUAAGGUUCUCCAGCCCUUUGAUGGGAACAAAUUCAACUUCACCAAAGUUGGGCAAGAAGAGGUGCUCUUCCAGUUUGAAGCAAGUGAAGAUGGUGAAGUUCAGUUCUUUCCAAAUGCUCCCAUUGAUGUUGAGAAUUCUCCAAGUGUUGUUGCCAUAAAUGUGAGUCCUAUUGAAUAUGGACAUGUGCUCUUGAUCCCUCGAAUUCUUGAAUGCUUGCCCCAGAGGAUUGACCGUGAGAGCUUCUUGCUUGCACUUUAUAUGGCAGCUGAAGUUGGGAAUCCAUACUUCAGAUUGGGUUAUAACAGCUUGGGUGCAUUUGCUACAAUCAACCACCUUCACUUCCAGGCUUACUAUUUGGCCAUGCCCUUUCCCAUUGAGAAAGCUCCCACCAAGAAGUUAACCACUGUGAAUGACGGAGUGAUCAUCUCAGAGCUUUUAAAGUAUCCAGUCAGAGGACUUGUCUUUGAAGGUGGUAACACUCUCCAGGACUUGUCUGACACGGUGUGUGAUGCCUGCAUUUGCCUUCAAGAUAACAACAUACCAUUCAAUGUCCUCAUCUCUGAUUGUGGAAAGCGUAUCUUUCUCCUUCCACAGUGUUAUGCUGAGAAACAAGCACUUGGGGAAGUGAGUCCAGAGCUUUUGGACACCCAGGUAAACCCUGCUGUGUGGGAGAUUAGUGGUCAUAUGGUGUUGAAAAGGAGGAAGGACUAUGACGAGGCAUCUGAGGAAAAUGCUUGGAGGCUUCUUGCAGAGGUUUCUCUCUCUGAUGAGAGGUUCUGUGAAGUGAAUGCUCUGUUAUUUGAAGCCAUUGCCAGUGGCAAAGAUAGCAUUCAAAAUGUUGAUGAGACUUUUCUUGAUGAGCCUGAUACUAAAGCUCAAUGUUUUGAAGGAGAGAAUACCAUCACCAAAGGCUCCCACGACCCGAUGGUGGCUGGGACACAAGAAUGCCUUGUUCUGCAGUAAGAACCAGAGCCCCGUCCCUCCGGAGUUCUGUUUCUACUAUGUCAGUUUGGUAUCAAAGAUUAUGUUUAAAGCUUGUAUGAAUUAUGGCACUGGUAGCCUCUAAAUAAGCAAACUUAGUUUGCACUGCUGUAAGGAUAUUCGACUUUGCAUAAACUGCUAUAUGCUUAUUGGCUUCAUGAUGUACUUUAUUGGAUCAUGUGAACUAGAAUGUAAUGUAAGGUGAUGUUUGCUGUUAUGAGCUAAUAAAUGCAUGAGAUUAUGUUUUUAUGGUA